CUGUCGGAUCCUUCCUCAGGCCUCUCCUACAGGAUCUGAAAUGUUCUGUUUUGUCUCCACAGGGCAGGCCAAGUCCUCACAGAAAAUUGAAGACUUGAUGGAUAUGGUGAAGAAGUUGCAGAAAGCGGGAAGCCUAGAGCCCAGGGUUGAGGUCCUGAUUAACCGGAUUAAUGAGGUCCAACAAGCAAAAAAGAAAGCCAGUGAGGAGCUGGGAGAGGCCCGGACUGUCUGGGAGACCCUGCAGAAGGAGCUGGACUCGCUGAGUGGAGAGAAAGUGCGCCUGAAAGAGAUCUUGAGUAAAAAGCAAGAGACCCUGAGGAUCCUCCGGCUCCAUUGCCAGGAAAAGGAAAGUGAGGCACAGAGGAAGCAGACCCUGCUAGAGGAGUGCAAGGAGCGAAUCUGUGCCCUCAACUUCCAGAUUGAGGAAGAGAAGAGCAAACAGAGGCAGUUGAGAUUGGAUUUCGAGAAACAGUUGGAGGAACUGAUGAGCCAGCACAAGGACCUCUGGGAAUUCCAUAGUCCAGAGCAGCUGGCCCAGGAGAUUGGCGCCCUGGACAGCAGCAAUGAGCAAUUGCUCAAGGAAGAGAAGCUGGUAGAAGCAAAGCUGGAGGACGUGAAGAACCGCCUGUGCUCCCAGUUUGGUACCAGGGGCUGCUCCGCCAUCACCGAGGGGCUCUUCCUCCGCAGCAAGGAGGCAGCAGCUGCAGUCCAUCUGUUUGAGGAGGAGACCAGAAAGGCCCAGGAGCUCCUGGAGGACACUGCCCAGCGCCACGAGCAGCUGCAGGGGGAGUGCCAGCAGCUGCAGCAGAGGAGGCAGAGGCUGAAGGAGGAACUGGAAAAGCUCGGAGUGCAAGUCACUUCUCAAUCCCAGAGCAAACAAGAGGAUGGGGCCAGCCCAGAAGAAGCUGCCAAUCCAAAGCCCCUCGGAGUCAGCGAAGAGAAAGAUCCAGAGCUGCCCACUGAGCAGGGCCUGGUGCCCUCCUAGGCGAGGAGGCCCCCUGCCCUGGAGCGUAUGGCUGGGCUUUAGGAAAUAAAGGCACUAUUUCUGUCCACCUGCCUCAGCUGUGUCCACUCUGGGGGGUUGGGGAAGGGGAGGAGAGGCCGCUGGA